AUGAUCGCCGCUGCACGCUUUGCCUACCCUUCAACCAUUCAAACACGCCUGAACUCGACUCAGGAAGAUAAUGGUGGAUUCAAAGUCAGAUAUGUUCAAUCUGUUAAACCCGAGAAGGAGCGUGAGCGCCGUCAAUAUAUCAGUGAAGGACCUGUACCUAAAUGUUCCUUGUACAUUGGAAACCUUUUCUUCGAUGUCACGGCCGAAGAUCUGCGUAAGCACUUUGAACAAUUCGGUACCGUUGAGAGUGCUAUGAUUGUGCACGAUGCCAGAGGAUUGAGCAAGGGUUUCGGUUACCUCAACUUCAGCACCAUCGAAGAAGCCACCAAUGCCAUUGCCCAACAACACGGUGAUAUCUUUGAAGGCCGUGAGAUUGUCGUGCAAUUUGCCAACACUACCUACAAGUCCCGCCGCGAUGACACUGUGCCCACUUUGACCCUCUACAUUGGCAACCUCCCCUACGAACUGACAGAUGUGGAUCUGCAGGAGCUGCUCGAUGAUCUCAAGGGUGUCAGGGAUGUCCGUAUCCCCGUCGACCGCCGCACCGGUCUUCCCCGCGGGUUCGGACACGUGGACUUUUCUGAACAGAGAUACGCCACUGAGGGCAAGGAAUUGCUUUCUCGCAAGGCCCCUUACGGACGCAAGCUGAUCGUCAACUAUGCUAAGCGUAAGCUUAUGACCCCUGAGAGCCAUGCUCGUCAUCAGGACAGGAAGAUCGAGAAGAAACAGGCACACCAAAUGCGCCAGGCAGAACUCAAAGCCGGCACACAGGCACCUGAGUUCCAGGAGAACGAGCCUACAAAAGAGCAAGCGCAGGAGCCGGUAAAUGAGCAGGAGCAGAAGUAA